ACGAUGUUCUCACUUGAUGACUUUCCACAGUAUCAAAAAGAACAAGCCAUUCCAUUUUGCAGAUGGCAACAACCACGAAGAAAACCCUCCUCUUCCCACCUCCUCCGCUAUUUCUCUCUCUUCUGCCCCCACCCAACUUCCUCCGCCUGGCUCCGGACUCCGGAGACCACCUUCUGUGGCCUCCUCUUGAGACGAUACUGCUCGAUGGAAAGGUUCACGGAUCGCUGGCUCGUGCUGGUAAGGUGAGAGGCCAAACCCCGAAGGUGGCCAAACAGGACAAGAAGAAGAAGCCAAGUGGCAGGGCUCACAAGCGCAUGCAGUACGACCGUCGCUUCGUUACCGCCAAGAGGUUAAGAAGUGCUGGAAGCCAUGCUCGUCUCGUGAAGAAGCAGAAUCGGCUCUCCGACCAUAUAAUCUUUCCCAAGAUUCAAGAGUUUCAGGCGAUUUUGAGUUCGACGAUGACUGAGUUUCAGGCGGUUUGGGACUUCGCCGCUGACGAUCCUGUCGGAGAGGGCGUUUCUGCUACGUUCUCUAUGUAUUACAACAAUGCAUACUAUGCAAAAGUGGGAGGAAUCACCACAGUAGAGAUGAACUUCCUUGAAGUGGAUUUACUUUUUGGAUUAGGGUUCCAUUGA